AAUGUGUGGUUGAUGGUACGUAAGUACGUAUAUAAGGUGCCCUCGGGAGCAGAUUCUUUAGUAUCUCUGCCACUGCGAAGCCGCAUAAAACGUACUCGAAUAUUUGGAGCUAUAAAAUGUUGUGGAAGCUUUUCUGCGUUGCUACACUAGCUGUAGGUGUGUUCGGACGCACGACGUUCGAUGGUGUUUCCAACCACUACAACUACGACCCAUAUGACGAGUACAGUGAAAUACUCGCCACAGAAUAUUGUAAGGCCAGUCAUGCUGAACAAAAGAUCCCAGAAGUUAAGACUUCCAUAAAAACUUUCGCAAGCUGUUUGCUCGGCUUGUUUGAUACCUCAACUAUUACCGCCGAAAUUGAGGUGGCACAGGCUAAUGGAUCUUAUGACACAUUAAUCAGGAAGUACUGUACUAAAGCACCACAGCUGAAGGAAUGUGCUCGCGGCCUGGUUGAGGGCAUGUCUCCAUGCCUGCCGGUCGAAACUACUGCCACGGGGCUAAGGAGCACCAACACCCUUAUCGACUUCGUUUGCGACAACGAUGGCGCGAGGGUUUCCUCUUUCGUUAAGGAAGGCGGCCCUCAGUGCAUUAAAGAGAACCAACUUGAUAUGGCAUUGUGCCAGCAAGCCAUGAAAUCCAACGUCACUAAACUUAUGGACACACAUGGAGGUGGAGUGGCCGGUUCACUGGCAAUCUCUGAAAAGGAGAGGUGUACUAUCACGGACGAGGGUUUGAUGUGUCUGGUGAACGUGCUGAAGGGCUGCUCAAACCCCACCCCCGGGAGAUUGGGUCAGGAGUUCCACGAUGUCUACAUGGACAGCAUGUCCUGCUCUGAGGUAACACAAGGGCAUCAAACAGAAGUUGUAGUAGGGAAAGUAGAUGUUGUUCAGACGUUAUCGGGUCCAGUAACAAGUGAGGACGUGGAGCAACUGAAGAAGAAGAAGCUGGAAUUAGAAGUACGAAUUGCAGAACUAGAGAUGUGGAACAGAGAGAACGAACUGAACGUACAACACACUGUCCUCACUUCGGACAUAAAGAGGAAUUAAAGCUAUAGCUUAUACAUAUAC